AUGGCCGACAGGGCGGAUGCCGCCGAGGAAGAGGACGUGUCCUUUGAGGUGAGCUUGAUGAAUGGCAACAGCGCAACGAUCAUCUGCCGACCAGCUGACAAGCUGCAAAGCCUCCGGCGCCAGAUCAGCGAAGCCCUGGAGGGAGUGGGCAGCCGCAGCCCCCUGUGCUACUUCCGAAGCACGCAAGAGACGCCGGAGCUGCUGGCAGGCCACACGCCUGCCUCCGAGGUGGCAGGGUCGGAGGUCCGCGUAGUGGUGCAGGCGGGGCCGACCUGGUGCAGUGAGAAGUGCUUCCGGCGGGCGGCUUCCUUCAACGAGCUUCCAGGCUACCUGGAUGAUCAGUGGGAGGAGGAGCGCCUUCGCUUCUUCGGCAGCGGUGUUUUUGAGCUGCACCGCCACUUUCAUUCGAACCACUGUGGCAUGCCGGAAGAAGACUGCUUAGAAAGGGAGAACUACCUUGUAGCGACUGGGGAGUGGCAGCUGGACGGUGACGAGGACGUGCUCCUCAUAGGUAUGCAGAAAAUCUGCGGCCGCCAACGAGGUCAAACCGUCACCAAGAGCUUCAGGCGAAGGUGUUGGAAGAGGGACCUCCUCUACUCGCCCAGCUGGAUCGUGACAUCCAUUGGGACGGAUGGCGAGGUCGUUCCGGAGUACUACCGCAGCAGCGUUGAAUGCAUCGACCGCAACGUAAUGCGUGAGCAAGUGGACUGGUAA